CGACAUUUCAGUGAAGUUCUUUCAAAACCCUCGCUUAUGUGACAAAAUUCUGCGAUACAGUCGCAUUAGAGCUAGCUGGGAAGGAAACAACUAUAUCGUGGCUUACAGAGACCACAGACACUCCCAUUUUUCUCAUCUAUACGCUCCGCUCCAACCAGAAACCAUUGACGAAGAAAAGUUGAUGGUGCAUUGGUGAGUUCAAAAGGCGUGGCGAUGAACUUGGUGGAAUGGAUGUACACUUCCAUCUUUCUUGGUGAAUAUUAUGGUGAAAUUGAAGGCUGCCAAAACAAUUAUACAUGAUCCUUCAAGUACUCAUACGUCAGGUCGGGGGGCUUCCUAUCGAGAAUGGCACAACUUCAUGUCAUCGAAGGUGGCAGAUAUGUAUGAUAAAACUAUGCCUGCAGAAUUACCAAGAAACUCAGAACUUGAAGAUGAGAGUUUGGAUAUAAGAAAAAUGUUUAAAGAUAUUGAGCACUUGGGCUCCUCAGCCAUGACCUGGAAAGAAAAGAAGAAGCUGGAAAACAAGAAUGUGGUUGCUUUGGGUGGGAAGCCAACCAAAAGCCACAGGAUGCCUCUCAGUGUUGCAAAACCAAUGAUGAAAAACACCAGGAGGAGGGAGGAGAAGAAGAUGGAGGAGGAAAAACUUCUUGGAGUAUUCACUAAGCGCAGGAGUAACAGUAGAGUGGAGAAACGCCUGCCGGAAGAGAAGGUUUUGAAGGCAACUGAAGGCUACUUUAGCAAGGGUGUAUUGAAUGUGAAGCAUCUGGUGGAGCCCAAGUCUGUGAAAGGGGACGAAGGCUUCGUUAAGAAGAUUGGAAAGCGGAAGAAAGGAAAGGGGAAGAAGAGGAAGGGAAAGGGGAAGAGGAAGGGGCGAUAGCUUUUGCUGCGGUCCGUUUCAAGUUUUUAUUUAUUUUUACAUGCAUACUACCCAAUUCCUAUGUAUUUACAUAUCUAAUAUCUAAACUUUAAUUUGUACAUGCUUGCCAUCUUACAUAAGCAUGACAAAGUGUGGUUUACUUUUCAAUAGUUAUAAUGGUGCUAUUUUUGGUGA